GGAGGAGGAGGAGGAUCACAUACAGGAGCAGCUGCUCUGUGGGGGGUUUAGUCUGUCGUCAUGUUUGUCAGAGGAAUGAAACCGAAGGCUGCUUUGCAACGAUCCUUUAGGUCAAGGUGAGUUUUCAUCGAACUACAAAGAGCCACGGAUCCAGAACUGAGACAAAGAGGAAAAAGUAAAACGAGAAUAACAGGAGGGACGUGAGCGAGGCCGUUCACUGAGAGGAGCCGGGCCGCGUCUCCAUCCGCUGCGGAGCAGCUCGGUCUCAGUCCGAACCCGACCCGCUGACGGCUCUCGCCUCCAACCGUGUCCGCAUCAUCAGUAUUGGGUUUGCUUUUACAAGUCCCAUGUUUCUUAACCGGCUGAGCGGCUUCGGCUCCUCCGUCCUUCCGGUUCUGUCCCGGGACGGCUUCAAGCGCAGCACCCACAUCCCAGCUCCUCCUCCAUGGUGGUCAGAGCGUCGCCACCGACUUUACAUCCAAACAGUUGUUACAAGGACGUUGCACCCGCAGAACAUGAACCCAGGUUCCUUCAGCAGUAGAUGUGGUUCCGUCCACACCGCUUCCGGCCUCAUGACCGAGCACGGAGACAAAGAGCCUGUGCACAAAAGGAGGAAAAGUACAGAGGUACAGAGUGCGGAGGAAAGAGAAGGACGCGGAGCUGCAGCACAAGGUUCAACAGCAGCCAAAGUGAGUGAAGGAAGGAGGGAUCACCAUCAUCCCAGCAGCAGCCACAAACCUCACUCACAUCACAACUCUAGAGACAUGAAUGAGGAAAGGACUAAAUACUGGAAUAAAGCACAGAAAGACACAACUCCACCUAGAGGAAGGAGCAAAUACCAGACCGGAGGGUCCAGGACCCCACGGUUCACAGCCAGAGACCUGGGGGUGGAGUGGGAGCAUCACAGGCCUCCAGACGCCCCCAAAGAAACGAGUCCUGGCCACUUCGAUCGGACACGUUUGGGAGGUGAUGCCCACAUGCAGCCGUCUCCACCUGGAGACACCCUGCGUCCCCAGGAUGCUGCCCAGACCACGCCUGUCAAGCCUCUUCACAGGCAGUGGCUAAUGUCUCCGGCCUGCAGCUCCAGCCUUCAGCCGCCAGGCGUCUGCACAGCCUUUGACUUUGUGGUGAUGUCCUACAACAUCCUGUCCCAGGAGCUGCUGCAGGACAAUGCCUACCUGUACCGACACUGUAACCCCAGCGUGCUGCCCUGGGACUACAGGCUGCCCAACCUGCUGUCUGAGAUCCAGCAGCACAACGCUGACAUCCUGUGUCUUCAGGAAGUCCAGGAGGACCACUAUGAAAACCAGAUUAAGCCUGCUCUGCAGAAACAAGGUUAUAGCUCAAAGUAUAAGAAGCGAACGGGAGGGAAACCAGACGGUUGUGCUGUCUUCUACAAGUCGUCCCGCCUCUCGCUCGUCUCGUCCACUCCUGUUGAGUUCUUCCGAUCCGGUGACGACCUCCUUGACCGGGAUAAUGUGGGACUUGUUGUGCUGCUAAAGCCAAACGAUGCCGCGGGUCAGUCCGGUUCCAUCUGCGUGGCCAACACUCACCUGCUCUUCAACCCCCGCCGUGGGGACAUCAAACUGGCCCAGCUCGCCAUCCUGUUGGCUGAGAUCAGCAGACUGUCCCGUCUGCCGGACGGCUCGGCCGCUCCAGUUGUGCUGUGUGGGGAUUUUAACGCCACUCCCUGGAGUCCGCUGCUAAGUUUCCUGACGGAAGGCUACCUGGAUUAUCGGGGACUGCUGCUGAGCAUGGUGUCGGGUCAGCAGAGCCCUCCCAGAGGUCAGCGCAGGCUCGGUUCUCCCCUCUGGUCUCCCAGUUUGGGAAUCAACUGUCUGUGCCAGUAUGAAGCCACGCCCCCUGGAGGUAACUCUGAUCAGCCUGCUCAAGGUCAGGCUGGAGCUGCAGCUGCUGACAGAGCCAAACUGGAGCACGGCCUGAAGCUGGCGUCGUCCUACCAGCGCCACCGGAUGCCUGACGGGAGACGUGAGAUCACCACCUGCCACUACCAGUCAGCCAAGAUGGUGGAUUACAUCCUGUUCACCUCAGACCUGAGCUCCACUUCUUCACCUCCUGGCCGGGGCCUCCAGCUGCUGGGCAGGUUGUCGCUGGUCGGGGAGUCGGAGCUGCAGGCUGUUAACGGCCUCCCCAACCAGCACCACUCCUCUGACCACCUCCCUCUCCUCGCUCGCUUCCUCCUACGGAUGUGACAGCAGCUCUGGCUGGAGUUGAAGCUAAGAGGUGGUCGGACAUGGUCUAAGACGUUUAAGGUACUCGUCAAAGAAAUCUGUUUGACAUUUUAGGUAUUUAAAGACAUUUAAGGACACAGUGAUACUGGACAAUAUUUAAAUUUUAAAAUGACUACUUUUAAUGUUGAAUUGUACUGACGUCUCUAAAUGUGAGGCUUCAUCAGUCUGGGGAAAUAGUGAAUCCAGCUGUUUUGUUUUCUGGAUUUGGUUUUUGAAUGUCUCCCUGUUGAGAUGUUGACGAGACACAUUUUCAUAAAGCAGCUGAAAUCAAGUGACCGGGAUCAUCUGGGAGGUUUUUGACCAAGUAUAACAAUUGUUUAAACUGGAAAAUAAAACUCCUGCGUCUGUGAUGUUGAA